GGGAUCAGGACCGGGAGGCGGGGCUGGAGCGGGAACAGGGCGGGCCAUGGCCGCCGCCGCCGCCGCCGCAGCGCGCUGAGGCCCCGCCGCUGCCCCGGGCCGGGAUGCCCCGGGGGGGGCCCGGGCCGCCGCCGCAGCCAUGGAGGAGGAGGGCAAGAAGGGCAAGAAGCCCGGAAUCGUGUCCCCGUUCAAGCGAGUGUUCCUGAAGGGGGAGAAGGGCCGGGAUAAGAAGGCUCAGGAGAAGGUGACGGAGCGGCGGCCGCUGCACACGGUGCUGGUGGCGCUUCCCGAGCGCGUGGAGCCCGACCUGCUGCUCCACGACUACAUCGAGAAGGAAGUCAAGUAUUUAGGGCAGCUCACCUCCAUCCCAGGGUACCUGAACCCCUCCAGCCGCACCGAGAUCCUGCACUUGAUCGACAACGCCAAGAGAGCCCACCAGCUCCCGGGGCAGCUGACCCCGGAGCACGACGCCGUCAUCAGCCUCUCCGCCUACAACGUCAAACUGGUGUGGAGGGACGGCGAGGACCUGAUCCUCAGGGUGCCCAUCCACGACAUCGCCUCCGUGUCCUACAUCCGCGACGACUCCGCGCACCUGGUGGUGCUCAAGACAGCUCAGGAUCCCGGCAUCUCGCCGAGCCAGAGCCUGUGUGCCGAGGGCUCCAAGGCGCUGACGUCGGGCUCGCUGUCGGAGAGCGCGGGGGGACCCCUGGAGUCCUGCUGCCUGGUGGUGCUGGCCACGGAGAACAAGGUGGGUGCCGAGGAGCUGUGCUCCCUGCUCAGCCAAGUCUUCCAGAUCGUUUACACCGAGUCCACCAUCGACUUCCUGGACCGCGCCAUCUUCGACGGCGCCUCGACGCCCACGCGGCACCUGUCCCUGCACAGCGCCCACUCAGGAAUCACUCUGUGUCUCUCUCUCCUGGCUUGGGAAGACACCGAGUUUGUGCCUCUCACGUUCCAGCUCCCAAAUCUUUUCCUUCCAGAUGACUCUUCCACCAAAGUGGACGUGAAGGAGCCCUUCGAGGCGGACGCCAGCACUUUUUCCUUUGCAGACACGCUGGAGGCGGGGGACGCGUCCCCGUCCUCCUCGGCGCGCCCGUCCCCGCACGUGACCACGGCCAGCGAGAGCGAGCUCAGCACCACGGCCACCGAGCUGCUCCAGGACUACAUGAUGACACUCCGCACCAAGCUGUCCUCGCAGGAGAUCCAGCAGUUUGCCAUGCUGCUGCACGAGUACCGCAACGGGGCCUCCAUCCACGAGUUCUGCAUCAACCUCAAGCAGCUCUAUGGGGACAGCAGGAAAUUCCUGCUGCUGGGCCUGCGUCCCUUCAUCCCCGAGAAGGACAGCCAGCACUUCGAGAACUUCCUGGAGACCAUCGGGGUGAAGGACGGCCGCGGCAUCAUCACCGACAGCUUCGGCCGCUACCGGCGCUCGCUGGGCGCCGCCUCCGCCUCCAACGGCACCGGCGCCGCCGGCAGCUCCGACGAGCAGUCGGUGCCCUCGGAGGAGGACGAGUGGGACCGCAUGAUCUCCCACAUCAGCAGCGACAUCGAGGCCCUGGGCUGCAGCCUGGACCGGGACUCGUCCUGAGGGAGCCCCGGAAUCGCGGCCGCUCCCGCCCGGAGCUCGGGGGGACCCCGGGACACGGCGUCACCCCGGGGGGAGCGUGGGGCUGCCCCCCGUGGGGACACGGAGCGUGGAGCUGAUCCCAGGGUGAUGCCCUGGGAUGUGGAGCUGCCCCAGAGGGAGCCCAGAACAGGGAGCUGCCCUCGGGGGGAUGGCAGGACACGGAGCUGCUGCCCCUGGAGCUGCCCUCGGAGAGGACACGGAACACGGAGCCACCCCUGGAGCUGCCCAGGAACACCGAGCUGUGCCCUCACAGAGAUCCUGGGACAUGGAACCACCCCUGGAGCUGCCUGAGAACACCGAGCUGUGCCCUCACAGAGAUCCUGGGACACAGAGCCACCCCUGGAGCUGCCUGAGAACAGCGAGCCGUGCCCUCACAGAGAUCCUGGGACAUGGAACCACCCCUGGAGCUGCCCAGGAGCACCGAGCUGUGCCCCCAUGGAGAUCCUGGGACAUGGAGCCACCCCUGGAGCUGCCCAGGAGCCCAGAGCUGUGCCCCCAUGGAGAUCCUGGGACAUGGAGCCACCCCUGGAGCUGCCCAGGAGCCCAGAGCUGUGCCCCCAUGGAGAUCCUGGGACAUGGAGCCACCCCUGGAGCUGCCCAGGAACACCGAGCUGUGCCCUCACGGAGAUCCUGGGACAUGGAGCCACCCCUGGGAGCGAUCCCAGCCCCGUGCUCUGGGAUCUGGGGGCUCCAGCAGGAUGUCUGCACUGCCCCAGCCUCACCCACAGCUCCAGGGGCUCCAGCUGGGACCUGGGGGACACACACCUGGAUUUUGGGGACAGAUCUGCUCCUGAGGGCUGUCCUGAGUGUUGGGAUCUAUUCCCAAGGGGCUGGAUCUGCUCUCCCCACCCCCAGUUUACAGUUUGCACAGCGGGUCCCCCAGAACUGCCCCCCACUCCCCAAAUGAAGUUUUGCCACAAUGUGAAUUUUCUCACCUGAA